AUGGUCCGGCGAUCGAACGGAAGGAUCUCCUUCGGCGUUGCGCGGGAUGUCAUUGAAGCCUACAACAACCACCACGACCUCGUGCUCCGACCGGACGAUAUUUGGCUCGCGAUUUUGAUCCAGUUUGGUUUGUACGUCGAUGGCAACGCCGAGGAGCUUCGGUCGUCGCUCGUCAAGCACGAAGGCAAGAAAGAGCUCGUCGUUGACGCCAUUGAAACGUUGUACUCGGUCGACUUUGGCGCGCUCUCCAAGCAAAUGGUCGACAAGAUGGACGAGCACCUCGUGGACCCGGGUCUCAAGCACUGGGUGCUUCCCGUCGUGCUCGUGGCCGCGAUGAAGAAGUAUUUCAGCUUCAAGUUUGGCCUCUGCUGUGGCAUUCCACAUGUGACGCUUCUCGGCACCGUGGACUAUUGGCAAGACAUUCGUCGUCGCCUCGACAAGCUCGCAUCGUACGGCGAGCGCAUGCAGCAGUGGACGGCGAUGCUGGCGCCGAUCCUCGAUCAGUUCGUGGCGGCGGCCAAAAGCCAGGCGGACGUUGCCUUCUUGGACCGCAUCUGCAGCCACGAAGGCGGUGGAUCGGGCCCACGCUAUCUCAACGGCUGGAUCAGCGUCUUUUGUGUCUUCAACGACGAAGGCAAGUGGCAAGGCGACAAAUAUGACAAGUGCUGCAACGCAAGCCCAAUCCGGAUGAUUGUCAUGUACGACUUUCCGCUCGUCGACAUGCAGGACAUUCUGCCGGGGUACCUCACGGUCGACGUGACGACCGACGACAACGGGACAGAGUGCAAGGCGCUCAUGUUUGCGGGGCACAUGGCCUACUGCAUUGGUGACGACAAGGCGUCGAUCGCGCCGUCGCUGAGCUGGGCGAUGGCGCUCAAGAAGGUCCGAGCCGUCAAGCGCCUCUUCUUUGCAUGA